CACAAGUUAGAGCAGCUUAGACUAAGAGCCACAGCCAGCUUAUCAGACCUGGGAGGUUAAAAAGAAGGGGGCUUAAGGAGAAGGCUCACAAGGAGCUGCAGAAGGGGAGGAAAUAGUCAGUGACAGGUGUUGAAAUUAUUAUUGCCUGUUUGCAGCAACUGCUGUAAACACUGAAAGGAAGUGAGUAGAGUGAGUCAGUGUUUGGUUUAUUUUCUUACUUUGGUCCCAGAACAAACAGCAGCAUGUCUCUGGAGGUGAAGGAGAAAACUCAUGUUCGUCUGGUCUUUCUGGGGGCAGCAGGAGUGGGCAAGACAGCCUUGAUCCAACGCUUCCUCCAAGACAAAUUUGAGCCCAAACACAGGCGCACAGUGGAGGAGCUGCACAGCAAGGAGUAUGACAUAGGUGGGGUCAAGAUCACAGUGGAGAUCCUGGACACCAGUGGCAGCUACUCCUUUCCAGCCAUGCGGAAGCUGUCCAUCCAAAACAGUGACGCCUUUGCACUGGUGUACGCCGUGAAUGAUCCAGAGUCGCUGGAGGCUGUGAAGAGCCUCAGGAAUGAGAUUUUGGAGAUCAAGGAGGACAAAUACACGCCUAUCGUGGUGGUGGGAAACAAGGUGGACCGGGAAGAGGAGCGUCAAGUGUCUAAUGAGGAUGUGUUGUCAACCGUAGAGCUGGAUUGGAACAACAGUUACCUGGAAGCUUCAGCAAAGGAGAACGAAAACGUGGUGGAGGUGUUCAAAGAGCUCCUGCAGCAAGCAAACCUCCCCAGCCGUCUGAGCCCGGCGCUACGCAGACGCAGAGAGACCUUUCCCAAGGACACCAACUUCCGGCCACCCAUGAACAAGACAAACAGCUGCAUUCUGUCUUAAUAAGAGACAGAGGAGGAGCAGAGUUGUUAUGUUUUGUAAGGAGACUGAAGAUGAGAGGACAGAGGGUUGUGUUGUUGUAUAGAGUAAAACCGGUCCAUCUUAGUUAGGGGUGUCAAGAGGAGAGCUGUCAGAGAUAAAUGAGGCUGGACUGAAAAAAAACCCACAGGGAACACAUCUGAGAGACUGAAGGAGAGGCUGGACUUUGACAGAGAGCUGGUGGAAAGAUGGGAAGAACACUUAUUGCUCAGUUGUUUACUCAAUGUCAUGUUGUUGCUGCUUUUUUUGGUGACAUGAUGCUUGUGUUUGGAUCAUUGUGUAACUUUGGGAUUUUCAGAUAAAAUAUUCAAUAGCAUCAACAUAUUUGGACUGUUUCUAACACACAAAUGUGUUUCUUUGUUGUGGAUAGUGCCAAGGUUGUAUUUUUAUGUAACUCAAUGAUCCACUGUAGCACAUUGAAAUGUUUACAAUUUUUUUGUAUCCAAAUCAAAUUUGCCAAUAAUCAUGUCAUAACUUUUUAUCUUAAGUGGUGAUAUGCAAAAGUAAACUGUUAAUGCACUUUUCAUUUUUAAAUGACCAUUCAAGAUGUUGAAUUGUGUGUUUUUUUAUAAAUCAUAUUGUUUUUUUAACCAUCAAAUCAUGUCAGAAUAUUAUUUCGCAGUUUGCUUUAAGGAUGCAAGUUAAAUGUGGAUUAAACUGUGUAAUAAAAGAUACAAACUUA